GGGAGAGCGAGGGGGGCGUUUAGUAUGGGGGACGAGAGGGACUCGAAGGAGAGAGCGACCAGCGGUGACAGAUGCGUCAGUGAGACUGCUUGCUAGCGGAGAAGCGAGAGAAAGUGUGCGUGCGCUCCGAGGCACCAAGCGCAAAGCAAAAGGGGGCACAAUCGGCAAAUUUACCGGAGGAAAAUAAAAAGAGAUACAAGGGCUUGGAAGAAAUGCAAACGAUAUUAGUGCACAGCAAGAAAUGAAUGCUCGAUUUUUCUAUAUAUAUAUUUUUUUAAUUAUGGGUAAAACGAAGACUGGUGACAGUUCUGUUUAAAACGUGCAAGCUUUAAAACUCUCGAUGAAGCGCCUAAAAUUGUAUGCGCAGCACUUGGAGAAAAAUGCAAGAAGUUUUCUUUCCACGUUUGUUGCCUUUUCCUUAAUAAAAACGGAAUGCAUUUACACAUCAGCGAUUUAAAAAGAAAAUAUUUAUGCAUGGCAUGGCAUUUUGUUUUAAUGUAGCGCUUACUCGUUAAUUUCACAGGCUCGGCGACUAGGCUGCCCGUUACUUUAGCAAGGAGGUAGGAAGCCUCUUCAUUUUCGGACGCAAUGGAGCUUUAUUAUUUAAAUAACCGAAGCGAAGAACUGAACUUUUCGAACGUAACAGAGGACGACUCUUUGAAACUUCUUUUUGGAAUCGGCACUGACAACUUCAUAACGCUGCUCAUUUUCGGGCUUAUUUUUACGCUUGGGGUUCUUGGUAACUCCUUGGUGAUCACCGUUCUGGCACGGAGCAAACCUGGCAAACCUCGCAGUACUACCAACAUCUUCAUCCUCAACUUGAGCAUCGCCGAUUUGUCGUACCUCCUGUUUUGCAUCCCUUUCCAGUCCACCGUCUACAUGCUGCCAACGUGGGUCCUGGGAGCUGUCAUCUGCAAGUUCAUUCACUACUUUUUCACCGUCUCUAUGCUCGUCAGUAUUUUCACGCUGUCCGCGAUGUCCGUGGAUCGCUAUAUCGCCAUUGUCCACUCCAGAAAGUCCUCAGUCAUCCGGGUGGCACGGCACGCACUCAUCGGGGUGAUCGUGAUCUGGAUUGUGUCCUUAGCCAUGGCUGCGCCAGUCGCAUAUCACCAGAACAUCGUGCUGCGGAGCGACAAUAACACCUACUGCUGGGAAGUCUGGCCGGAGCAGAAGAGCAAGAAAAUCUACGUGGUGUGCACGUUUGUGUUUGGCUACGUGCUGCCCCUCAUUUUAAUCUCCUUCUGCUAUGCAAAGGUGUUAAAUCAUUUGCACAAAAAGUUAAGGAACAUAUCCAAGAAGUCUGAAGCAUCAAAGAAGAAGACUGCACAGACUGUCCUAGUCGUAGUAGUGGUUUUCUGCAUCUCCUGGCUGCCACAUCACAUAGUCUAUCUCUGGGUAGAAUUUGGAUCGUUUCCUCUCAAUCAAGCCUCCUUUGUAUUCAGAAUAGCUGCCCACUGCCUUUCAUACAGCAAUUCCUCCGUCAAUCCAAUUAUUUAUGCGUUCUUGUCGGAAAACUUCAGAAAGGCUUACAAGCAAGUGUUCAAGUGCCAGAUAAGCAGCGAAUAUCCUCUGAACGACGUGAAAGAAAUACGAAGCAAAGUGGAUACCCCUCCUUCCACCAACUGCACCAAUGUGUGACGGUGUCAAGGAAGUGUCUGUCUGCUCCCAAAAAUAGGCUGACCUGGGCCACUUUAGCGAUGGUGGAGGCUUCUAGGAUACCUUUUACAGAGUUUACAGAAAGGAAUGGAGAGCUUUCAGAAGAGAGCAACGGUGCUGCUGCUAAUAGCAUUUAAGUAGUUUAGAGAGUGAAGAAGGAGAUGGAAGUACAUGAGGCCAAGCUUCAGGUCGUUGUCCAGACAGAGAUGGAGACUAGCAGGGCAGCGGCUAAUGCAACCCUGCUACAUUCUGAACAACGCAAGUGCAAAUCUGUACAAAAAGCCACCACCGUACGGUAACUGAACAUUGUUUACACUGCAAAAAUUGACAGACUGAUGAACAACGUGUUAAUAUUUUUUGGUCUGCCUACUACAAGCCUCAUUAUUGCCUCUGCCAAAGAGGCAGAAAUUUACUUAUCUUAUAUUUUGCAAAAAACAAAAAGACAACAAGUCGAAGAAGCUUAUUAUUUAUUUUGCAUGAUCUCCUACUAUCUUGACUUUAUUUAACGGGGAAAGGAUAUUAAAUUAUUUUAAUACAAUCUUCCUCAAAGAAUGAUUUCAAUAAUCAGGUUUUAUUGUUUUGUAUUAUAAAACUGUGGUGUCCAUUUAGAGUUAAGAUUAGAGUCGGCUUCAUCAAAUUCUGCAUGUAUGCCUUUUUGAUAGCUGAGCUUCAAGUGCAAUCAGUGGCCUCUUUAAUUUUCACACACACACACACGCACGCACAUAAUAUACAAUAUGUAUCAUCUCAUCAGCUGAAACCUCUUGUGGUGAGGGCCGCAGUGGCAGCAGGCCAAGCAGGUCAGCCCAGACUUUCCUGUCUCCAACUACAGUAUUUUAGCUCUUCCUGGGGUAUUCCCAGGCAUUCCCGAGUCAACCUGAGAGAUGUA